AUGAUCACUGUAAAUUUCUCAGAAUCGCCUCAUAAACGUCUAAGUCUAGCGACUCGGACAGAGACUCGGGAACUUGUCAAACUCAGGUAUCUGGCCGAGGGCAACGCAAAUAUUGUUUACUCGUUCACGACAACUGCCAAAGAUGCACUCCCUGAUGGCGUUCAGCGUAAGCUCUUGCGACUGAGAAAAGAAAAGUCGUUCAUUCAAUCUACCAAGUCCCAGCUUUCAACAUUUCAGCAAGAAUUUGUUCCAUUAUUCCGACCUGAGAACCUUAUAGAGCAGACUCUGGUCGCAGUGGACGAAGCACUCAUCAGGCGUCUCAACCAGGAACUUGAAGAACACGAGAAUAGUGAGCUUCGGCAAGCUUUACGCCACAGCGACCGAUUGGCGACCGAUGGCCAUGGUUUGCUGAUGACUGACAUGACUGCUCGUUACGGCGAGUAUCUGUUCGAAAUCAAGCCUAAGUGGUUAUUACAGUCGCCUGAUGCGCCUAAUGAUUCCAAGAGGUGCAGAACUUGUGCGUUGAGAUUGCAAAGGGCCCACGCAUCGGCUGAAAGUGCCGUGGUACCGAAGCCGGGCGGAUUCUGUCCUCUUAGUCUGGUUGACGAGGAUAUUGAAGAAAGAGAAAGAGCUUUCCAGAGCAUCACCGACGCGCAGGCUGGUGAUAUAUCCAAAUCCUCCUGUACAGACGUUGUCAACUUCUUGGCUGAGAAGGGGUAUCAAGUUUUAGAAACUCUUCGCAAGCACCAAGCACAUUUUGACAAGCACGGAUUGUUAAACUCGAACCCGGACACAUUAUCGGACGACUACUCGAAAGCCAUGACACUUCGCGACUGCGUUCUGUUCGUCAAAGGUUCGAUAGACGCAUUCGAAAACACAGCAGAUAUCCGUCUAGCCGACCUGGACUUCAAGCAUGCUCACCCAGAUAAGGUAGCAAAGUGGACGAGUACGGAGAAAAUACUUGUAGACCAAGGCUGGUACACGAACAUUGAGAUCGAUGGGAGAAUUGACUCAACGUGUUUGCUUACUCGGCGAUCACUUCCAACCAUCUAG